AUGGCGAAGAUUAAGAAGAAGGGUACCUCCGGCCAGGCCAAAAACUAUAUCACUCGUACCCAGGCCGUGCGAAAGCUGCAGAUUUCUCUGCCCGAUUUCCGUCGCCUAUGUAUUUUCAAGGGAAUCUACCCUCGCGAGCCUCGUAACAAGAAGAAGGCCUCCAAGACUGCCACCCCAAACACCACCUUCUAUUACACCAAGGAUAUCCAGUACCUGCUCCAUGAGCCUCUGCUGAACAAGUUCCGUGACCAGAAGGCUCUUGCCAAGAAGAUCGCUCGCUCCCUCGGCCGUGGUGAAGUCAGCGACGCUGCACGCCUUGAGAAGAAUCACGCUCCCAAGCUCACCCUCGACCAUGUCAUCAAGGAGCGUUAUCCCACCUUCAUUGACGCUCUUCGCGACCUAGACGAUGCUCUCUCUCUGCUGUUCCUGUUCGCUACUCUCCCCUCCGACAAGCACGUUCCUCCCAAGACCAUUGCCCUCUGCCAGCGCCUGUGCCACGAGUUCCAGCACUACUUGAUCGUCACCAACUCUCUGCGCAAAACUUUCCUUUCGAUCAAGGGUAUCUACUACCAGGCUACCAUCCAGGGUCAAGACAUUAUGUGGUUGGUCCCUUACCGCUUCGUGCAACGUGUCAAUGGCGAUGUCGACUACCGUAUCAUGGCCACAUUCGUCGACUUCUACACCACCCUGCUGGGCUUCGUCAACUUCCGCCUGUACUCCACUAUCGGCAUCCGAUACCCCCCGAAGUUCGAUACCCGCAGCGAUGAGAACGGUGCCGAGCUGGCUGCCUUCACCCUCGAGGGCCGCAAUGUUGGCGAGAAGCCCAAGGCCAUUGAGUCCAGCAAGACCCAGGCCAACGGUUCUAACAAGGAAGUUUCCAAGGAGGUGCAAGCCAAGGUCGACAAGGUGAUCAAGUCGGCUGGAUUGGACCAGGCCGACGACGAGCAGCCUAUGGACACCACCGAGGAGUCCACUGACGCUAUUGAUCGAUUCGAGCCCGCUGCUCCCGAAGCCGACACCCUCCCCCAGCCCGAUAUGAGCGGUAACGAGGCCGGCUCCCUUUUCGCCCCAUUCGUUUUCUACAUCUCUCGUGAAGCCCCCAAGGCGCCCCUCGAGUUCAUUCUUCGUUCCUUCGGCUGCAAGCGCAUCGGUUGGGAUGUUGUCCUGGGUGACGGAGCUUUCACCAACGAUGAGACCGACCCGCGCAUCACUCACCAGAUUGUGGAUCGCCCGCAACUCCCUGCCGAAUCUCUCCCUGCCAUCCCUGCCGCCAACGACGCCGUCCAGAAGGUCAAGCCCGGUACUCGCAUCCCUGGUCGCACCUAUGUCCAACCCCAAUGGGUCUGGGACUGUGUCAACGAUGGCAAGCUGAUCCGCGCUGAUCUAUAUGGACCUGGCGCUACUCUUCCUCCUCACUUGAGCCCCUGGGUCAAGCCUUCUCGUGGCGGUUACGACCCCCGGGCUUCCCUGGCCGAGCAGGAAGAGGAGGGUGAGGCUGAGGUUGCUGAGGAGGCCGAGGACAGCGACGAGGAGAUGGAGGACGAGGCCGCCGUUGAGGAGAAGCCCGUCGAGGAAUCCGAGGAGGAGUCCGUUGACGGUGGCAUGGAUGUUGCCGGUACUGACGAUGAUGAGAGCGAGGAAGACGAGUCCGAUGAGGUCGAUGGGGCCUUGGAAGGAAUGGUCGAAGAUGCCGCCUCCGAGUCUGAAGAUGACGACGAGGCUGUUCGCACUCGGCACCAACGUGAGCUGGAGGCCGAAGCCGCCGGUCUGCCCUUCACUUCCAACGGUGCUGACGAUGAGGCCGCCAAGAAGAAGGGUUCCAAGACCAAGAAGCUGGCUGCCAAGAAGCAAAAGGAGGAGGAAGAGCUCGAGAGACAAAAGAUGAUGAUGAGCCGCAAGAAGCGCAAGCUGCUUGAGAAGAUGAUGCACUCCAACAAGAAGCAGUCUGAAGAGGCUGCCAAGCUUCGUUCCAAGCGUCGCAAGAUUGAGAAGGGCGCCGAGAAGAAAUAA